UCACAAAACUUUGAAAACCCGAACGACUCGACGGCACCGAGAAGUAGCUUUCACUUCCAGUGUCUAUCCCAUCAAAAAGAAAUUUUGGACUUUAUUGUGCUUGCGAGGCUGCGAGCGUACAGAAAGCUUCUUGUCUUUGAAGAGACUCUUGUACCGGGAUGUGUGGCGCCUAAGUGUGUGCUGCCUUCCGUUGGAUUACGUGUGCGUUCACGCGUUUUAGGCAGGGCAGAAAACAUAGAAAACAUGCUUUCUAGUUAGGCGUGCCUGCGUUGCUCUAGAGUAAAUUGGAGUGUGCCGCUCGAGUUGUGUGCAAGACGACGCACUGCUGGAGCAGAACGUGACAGGGGCUGCUGUGUAGAAUCCGAGACGAAAAAGAAAGUAUUUUUAGCGUUAAACCGAACAGGAUGCAUGGUGACACCUUUUUGUAAGGGGUGUGGUCGCGGGGCGGGUGGUUUCCGUUUUAGUUUCUUACUAAACUGUUAGGAUGGGUUGCUCCACCUGUUUCGCAGACUCGAACCGGCAAUUUUCACUUCCGGGGCCAAAGCUUGGUGUCUUCUGUUUGCUUUUUUGGGGCGCUGUACACACGUUUUCUCGAGAGCCAUUUUCUCCGGCUGCAUCUCGCAGAAGCCUUCCAUCUUUGUCUGCACAAGUCAGCCUUUGCGGAUCCGCAGAAACGGAGAGCGGUGUCCCGGGAAGCCGCAUCCGAAACCCGCGAACCGUUUAAACUCCUUUCUUUUUCUGCUCGGACGGAAUGUCUUCUUCGAAAGACAAAUCUUCGAAGUGUGUUUUUUUGGACAGCGCUUUUUUGUCAGGGAGAAUUUGUGCGCGAAGAGCGGCCGGGAGAAGCGGCUGGUCGUUCCCCACUUCUUCGUCCAUCUCCGCGCAUGCGGUUUUCCAGGAAGGCGUCGGUCUCUCCGUUCGGCGAGGACGUCGUUGCUGCUGCGUUCACCCGCCCUUCGCAAAGAAUUUCCUCUCCGCUGCGACUCUCGCUCUCUCUUCGGUUUCUCUGUCUGACCAACAGCUUUCUCAGACGACGUGCGACGCGUCGGAGUGUACAGACACCGACGCAGCCCCCCGAGCGGCGCGUGCCGUUUCCCGCCUUUUUCUCUACUUCAAAAGUGUCACGCCCACCCGCCAAACUCGUUUUCGCGCUGGUGCAUUCGUCCGGCUGUCUUCGCCUCGGCUUUCUCGUGCUUCUUGGCCCCGUUUCUCCUCGUUGUCUCCCGCUUUUCCUUCCCCUGCUCUCCGUCCGUUUGUUCUGCACUGUCGCGCGUCGGCGCUGUGCAGGGAGCCGCGCGCGUGUCGAUUGGCCGCGAGGCUUCUUGCCCAGGGACUGAACGCAGCUGCGAGCUGAAGCCCUUUUUUCGCGUGUCUCCGAAACUCACAAAUCCUUCCAGACGUCCAUGUCCCCAGGAGCUCUUCGACGAGGUGAGACUCCCAGGAGCGGCCGCACGCAAAGAUCGGAAGCGGCGAUGUGUCCAGGGCGUUCCUGCGCCUCUCGAAGGAAACUCCGUCUGGCUGGUCUCCCGCCUUGCAGCAGCACGCAAACGUUAUCACACAGGUGGCGUCGUCUCUCGACGCAUUCGUCUGUUGCCCAAGGUGUUGCAGACGGGAGGACUCGAAUCUGUAGUAUAUAGACCUGCGUCGUUUCUGCAGGCUUUUCUGCAAAGGAACGCAGCAAAAAGGUUUGCCACCCGGCCGCUUCCCCUAGUGACUUCGUCUCUCCUCUUUCCUGAACCUCCCGCAGUUGAAUCUUCAGGCCCGAGGCGCUUUGUUCGACGUCUCAACUGGCGCUACAACGGGACUCCUCCACAAGAAGCUCGUCUUCCUCUGUGGCUGAUCUUUCGACUUCUUCGUCAAAAAGUUUCCCUUCUUGUCUGCUCGCGUUUUCGUUGACGUCUUUUUCGACCUCUGGGGGCCGGGUCGGUCGCGGCCAAGGGAUUGUGUCGACAUCGUGGGAAGAACCGCGCGUCGAAGGCCUUGUUUGUGCGCGGUGUUUGUGAGGGCGUCCAGAAGUUUCUCCGAAGAAGAAAGCCGCGCGACUCUGUGCACGGCGGUCUUUUUAAAUCCUUCAGUGUCUUGGCAGGCAAGGGCCUCGCGCUGCCUUGGUUGUCGAACAAGGGAUGUGGCGACACUC